AGCGGGAGCGCGGCGGCGGCGCGGGGCGCGGAGUCCCGGCGCCAUGGAGACGGCGCUGCCGCCGCUGCCGCCGCUGCUGCCGGUGCUGCCGCUGCUGCCGGUGCUGCCGGUGCUGCCGGUGCUGCCGGUGCCGCCGCUGCUGCCGCUGCUGCUGCCACUGCCACUGCCACUGCCACUGCUGCUGCCACUGCUGCUGCCCCGCGCCGCCGCCGAGCAGGUUGUCCUGCUGGACUCAAAGGAGUCGCAGGCGGAGCUGGGCUGGACCUCACACCCAUCGAACGGGUGGGAAGAGAUCAGCGGCGUGGAUGAAACCCUCAAGCCCAUCCGCACCUACCAGGUGUGCAACGUCAUGGAGCCCAACCAGAACAACUGGCUGCAGACGGGCUGGAUCGCCAGGCGUGACGGCCAGAGGAUCUUCAUCGAGCUCAAGUUCACCCUGAGGGACUGCAACAGCAUCCCUGGCGUCACCAGCACCUGCAAGGAGACUUUCAACUUGUACUACGUGGAGUCUGACUCGGAGCUGGGCCGGAGCGUGGGGGAGAGCGAGCACACCAAGAUCGACACCAUUGCUGCCGACGAGAGCUUCACCCAGGGAGACCUGGGCGAGCGCAAGAUGAAGCUGAACACUGAGCUGAGGGAGAUUGGGCACCUGAGCAAGAGGGGCUUCCACCUGGGCUUCCAGGACGUGGGCGCCUGCGUGGCGCUGGUCUCCGUGCGGGUCUAUUACAAGAAGUGCCUCAGCACCGUGCAGAACUUGGCCGUGUUCCCCGACACCGUGGCAGAGACAGCCUUUGUGACACUGGUGGAAGUUAAGGGCACCUGUGUGGCCCACGCUGAGGUGGAUGUGGACAACCCCCCUCGGAUGCACUGCAGUGCAGAGGGAGAGUGGCUGGUGCCCGUGGGGAAGUGCAUGUGCAGCCCUGGCUUUGAGGAGAAGGACGGGGGAUGCACAGCUUGCCUUCCAGGGUUUUACAAGCUCUCCCUCCGUCUCCCUCUCUGUUCUCCGUGCCCUGAGCACAGCUUCACCCACGAGGAAGCCUCCACCUUCUGUCUGUGCCAGACGAAUUACUCCAGGUCUCCUUCAGACCCCCCCUCUGCCUCCUGCACACGCCCACCCUCAGCCCCGAGGAACCUGGUGUACAGCCUGCAGCAGUCGUCCCUGGUGCUGCAGUGGAGUGCCCCGGCCGACGCUGGCGGCCGCAGCGACCUGACCUACAGCCUGUGGUGCGGCCGGUGCGGCGCGGCGCCGCCGGGGCGCUGCCAGCGCUGCGGCAGCCGGGUGGGCUUCGUGCCGCAGCAGACGGGGCUGGUGGAGCCCACGGUCACGCUGGUCAACCUGCUGCCCCACGCCAACUACACCAUCCGCGUGCUGGCGCUCAACGGCGUCUCGGCCGUCAGCCCGCUGGCCGGACAGCAGUACGCGGAGGUCAACGUGUCCACCGGCCACGCAGUGCCCACUCCUGUCACCCACAUCCGCACAGACAGGGUGGAGCAGAAGAGCAUCUCCCUGUCGUGGCAGGAGCCAGGAGUCCUGACUGCCAACGGCACCGAGUACGAGGUCAAGUACUUUGAGAAGGAUCAGAGAGAUCAAAGUUACUCAACUGUGAGAACCACAUCAACAGCUGUGACAGUCAAUAACCUGAAGCCUGGUACCCUCUAUAUUUUCCAAAUCAGAACAUCUUCCUCUCCAGACUACAACCCUGGCAUUGAAGUGGAGACUCUGGCAGAGUUGACAGUGGCCUCCAGUGAGCAGAGCCCCGUCCUCAUCCUCGCCGUGGUGGCCGUGGUGGGGCUGGCAGUGCUGCUGGCCGUGGUGGCUGGAGUGAUGCUCUGGAGGAGGCAGUGUGGGUACAGCAAAGCCAGCCAGGAUGGGGACGAGGAGCUGUACUUCCACUUUAAAAUACCCACCAGGAGGACAUACAUUGACCCCAGCACCUGUGAAGACCCCAUGCAGGCUGUGCACCUCUUUGCCAAGGAGCUGGAUAAUGCCAGCAUCAAAAUUGAGAGGAUUAUCAGGACAGGAGAGUUUGGGGAGAUGUGCCGGGGCUGCCUGAGGCUGCCCAGCAGGCGGGAGCUGCCUGUGGCCGUCCGGACGCUGCGGGCCGGCUGCUCGGAGCAGCAGCAGCGCUCCUUCCUGGCCCAGGCCUGCACCAUGGGCCAGUUCGACCACUCCAACGUCAUCCGCCUCGAGGGCGUCGUCACCAGAGGGAGCACCAUGAUGAUAGUGAUGGAGUACAUGGGGAAUGGCCUGCUGGACUCCUUUCUCAGGAAACACGAGGGGCAGUUCACAGGCACCCAGCUCAUCUGCAUGCUGCAGGGCAUUGCCUCUGGCAUGGUGUACUUGGCAGAGAUGGGCUAUGUGCACAAAAGCCUGGCUGCCCACAAGGUCCUCGUGAGCAGCAGCCUGGCCUGCAAGAUCACAGGGUUCAGACGGCCACAGGAAGAGAAGAUGGAAACCAUCUUCUCCACCAUGCGUGGGAAGAGCCUGGUGCUGUGGUCAGCCCCUGAAGCUGUCCAGUACCACCAGUUCAGUCCUGCCAGCGACGUGUGGAGCUUCGGGAUCGUCAUGUGGGAGGUCAUGUCCUACGGAGAGAGACCCUACUGGGACAUGUCCCACCAGGAUGUGAUGAAGGCUGUGGAGGAUGGGUUCCGCCUGCCAGCCCCUGCCAACUGCCAGCCACCCCUCCACCAGCUGAUGCUCAACUGCUGGCAGAAGGACCGCAGCCAGCGGCCCAAGUUCUCACAGAUCCACAAUGCCUUGAGCAAGUUGGUGCAGAGCCUGCAGCCCCCAAAGUGCCCCAGCUCCACGUGUCCCAGCUCUACAUGCCCCAGGUCCCAUGGCACGUCCAUCCCCCUCUCCAAGAGAACCUUCUCAGCCUUCCCAUCUUUCAGCUCAGUGGGUGAGUGGCUGGAAGCCAUAGAAAUGGGCAGAUACAAGGACAACUUCACUGCUGCGGGCUACUGCUACCUGGAGUCAGUGGCCAGGAUGACAGCCCAAGACAUCCUCAGCCUGGGGAUCACGCUGGCCGAGCACCAGAAGACCCUCCUGGGCGGGGUGCGGGCGCUGCGGGCGCAGGUGAUGCAGAUGCGCGGGCGCGGCGUGCAGGUGUGAGCGGCUCAGCCCGGCUCAGCCCGGCGCUCCCGGCCAGGGGCGGCCUGCCGGCCCCAGCCAGCCCCACCUCUGAAACCUGGGGGGGCUCAGGGGGGCUGUGGGAGCCGCUGGGUGCUGGCAAACAGGAGGGCAGGGCUCUGGGCAGCCCUGGGUGCGGCGUGCCCGGCGGACGUUGUGUAAGAUGAGCCAAACUGUGUUGGUGCCAUUUCAUGUGGUAGUUGAGUUCACAGGGUGGGAUGGACAUUUUUGCACUGUCUUAAUCCAGAGCCAACACUUCUGUACCUCGUAUCCUGCUGAAUCCGUGGGUACUUUUAUACAGCCUGACAGAUCACAGCAACCCCACAAGGAGUUUUUAUUGCUUUUAUACUCAGAGAGCAGCUCUCACCCAAUGCCCAGCUCCUGGAAGGUGACUUUCCCCAUCUGUGCUGAAGGAAACUCUUUCCCUCACUACUUCCCUGAGUGUUGACACCUCAGCUGGUGAACAAAACGAAAUAUUGUCCAGAAAGCACAGAGGAAAUGGUGCUGGCUGCAUCCAUGCAAUGCAGGGCACACCCACACUUUGUUUUGUGAGCAUGGUCCUGCCUGCCUGGCACGCUGGCUGCUCCCAUAGCUGCAGCCUGAUCCCUGAGAAGACAUAAAUAGCAUCUUAAUAAUACAACUUCCCCUGAAGUUUGUUAAUUAAAUGGGUAUUUGCAGCUCUGUAUGGAGUUUUCUAAGGCUUUAUUAGGAUCUGUAAGUAUCACAAGUGAAUUAUUAAUGCUGAAAGGCAAAGAUUUACAUAGGGGAUGAAGGCUGUGGGAGAUGCUCAGAGUCUGGCUGGGAAUCUGCUCCAGUCAGACCCUCCUGCCAGCCUGCUCUGAGAGGAUGAGGAUCUGAAUGAGGAUUGAGUGAAGCCCUUGGGGCUGGCACAGUGACCACUCUGCCCAGGAGAAUGCUGGAUAUGCUCUGGGGAGUUUUGCUCUCUGGGAAAAACAAGAUCUCUCCUUCCUUCCCCCUCUGCAGUUCAAACCAUUUUCCCCCCAAGGUUAGUGUUUUAACAUAAAUAAUUUCUCUAAGUUUGGUUCUCUUAGUUGGGUUGGUCAUUUGCCAUCCUGCUGUUUCCCACCCUGAAGGGGAAUAGCAGUGAACCAAGCCCUGCAUCUAGUGCAAUGCCUGAUCCCGAGGAUCAAGUGCAAUUUGUGUGCUCUCUGUGUUUACAUUUUCUCUCUAGAGAAGGUACAUUCCAGGUCUCUAGGCAGGGGGUUGAGCCAGCUUGAUUCUGGAUGCAGGAGCCACGCUGGGAAGGUGCUGCUGGAGGAGCUGGGUCACCCCAGGGGGGUCUGGGGACAUCCAGGGCUUGGUGACAAGGUGACAGUAUGGGAAACAGACCUGGCCAUGAGCAGCACCAUGCUCCCUCGAGUCUCAGAACUGACCCUGCCCCCAGGAUGUCAAAAAUUAAUCCACAAACAGCAGAGUUUUAUGUGCAAAAAGGAGACAGAGGAGUCCUUUUUGCUUUAUUCCAAUAAAGGGAGAGGCCAUGGGGCAUCCCCUGGGAUCUCUCCAAUUUUUGGAGCACACAGCCUCCUUUUAUCCCAAUUUCCCUCUCUCUUUCACCAUUGCUGAGGUACUUGAGAGGCACAGACUUCCCAAACACCUGAUACCUGAGAUUCCCCUCUAAUGUACAACCCUCCCUUUUAAUUUUUAAUUAUUACAGAAUUCAUCGUUUUCCCCAUCGCUUCUUUCAUCUUUCAAUAUCCAAUUUCAUUUAUCAGCAAACCUACAGCUCCUUUGUAAAGGCAAAUCUCUUUUCCCCAUUCAUCAAUCAGUGGAAUCCAUCCCAUUGUUUCUAUUAUCUCUCAGAGCUAACCUUAUCUACCAGCAGACCUGCAGCUUAUUUGUAAAGACAAAUCCAACAUUCCUCUCAAAAGGAAAGCCCCCCACUGCACAGCCCUCUAGCCCAGCUUUUUGCAAGAAUAUUCACUGCUAAUUGAGAUCCUCACCAGCACCAGGCAACAAAAUUGGUAAAUUAAGUUACAGAUUGUUAUGAUACUAAAAUUAACUCCUCUCAGCUUUUCUCCUUGGGGAAGUAGGAUAAUUAAAUUAAUCAGCAAUGCUGCUUUGGAGCUGCAAGGGAAAUGCCUCAAAAUGACCCUGGUCCCUUCCCAUCCAGCCUCUGGAAUUCCACGAGGCUCCUGCCCCAGUCCUGCUGGAGCAGCACCCACAACACUCCCCUCACAAGACACCACGUGGGAAUCAAGUUGGUUCAUCUCCAGAUGCUUUUAUAUUCAUUAGCCACGUAUUAAGUACUGUAAAUACACACUUGAGAAGUCAAUAUAUAUUUUUAUAAGCUUGAGAGAAAUGUAAUAUAAUAUUAUAAGGGACUAUGUGUGCAUCUCAUGUUUGAGCUAUAGUCAGACAUCUCCAGGGAAUCUCAGUUGGUUUGGAAUAUUUAAGAAUAAUGAUAAUAAUAAUAAUAGUUAUUAUAAAUGUUAAUAAAAAUCUAUUGACUUUUUUUUUUAUUAUUAUUAAUUUUGUAUUUACUGAACCACGGUUGAAGCUGGCAAUAAAGAGAUAUCUAAAUACCUGAGUAAAACCAACCAGCCAUCCUGUC